AUGGCUUCCUCUACCCUUCCCACGGACCAGGGAGGAGCCGCAACUGCAAGCGGCAACAUGAUGUCCGAAAUGGAGUCGGCAUUUAAGUCGAGCGUAGAGUCAGGCCAGAUUCCGGGUGCCGUAGUAAUGGCGAAAGAUGUGACUGGGAAAAUCAACUACACACGUAGUUUCGGAGCUAGGUCCGUCCGGCCGGAUGAGAACGGAGCGCUGCCCCCGAUGGAAGCAGACACGAUCAUGAGGAUGGGCCAGGCGAGCGUGCUCAUCGGGACAAUCAUGGCGCUGCAAUGUGUGGAGCGAGGUCUCAUUGGCUUGGACGAGAGCGUGGAACGGUAUCUUCCCGACCUGACCAGCAUGAAGGUCCUGGCAGGCUUUGAUGCCGACGGAAAGCCCAUCAUGAGAGAGCGUAAGGGGGAUAUCACCCUUAGACACAUGCUCACCGACACCUCGGGUAUCUCUCACGUCCCCAUCAACCCCCUCCUGCAGCAGUAUUGCGCCAAAGGGUACUCGACGUACCCCUUACCCAUAGGCGGCGAGACCGACAUCCCCGACCCGUUGGCCGCACCCCCGGUGGGCGACCCCGGCACCGAGUGGGUCCACGGCACCAACAUAGACUGGGCCGGCAAGCUCGUCGAACGGGCGACAGGUACGGACCUGGAGAGCUACAUGCAGCAAAACAUCUGCGCGCCGCUGGGCAUCGCCGACAUCACGUUCAGGCUCCAGGAGCGCCCUGACCUGCUCGCGCGGCGGGCCGACCUGACGAAGCGCAACCGGGAGGACGGCACGCUGCACUACGACGACACCAUCUUCUUCCGCAAGUACCCGACAGAGUGCUACGCCGGCUCGGGACUGUUCGCCAGCCCCGCCGCGUUCAUGGCCGUCAUGCACUCGCUGCUGAAGCGCGACGGCGUCCUCCUCAAGCCCGAGACGGUCGAACAGAUGUUCCAGCCCGCGCUGGACGAGACGAUGGAGCGCGGUAUGAACGAGCACUUUAACAAGGUCAUGCGGUGGAUAAACUACGGGUAUCCUUUGCCGCAGUGGCCCAGCCUGCGCCGCAACUAUGGGUUCGGGGCGAUUGUGAUUAUGCAGGAUCUGGACGGCGACAAGUGGCGCCGCAAGGGGUCCAUGUCGAUCAACUGCGGGUGGAACGUUGGCUUGCAAAUCGACCCUGCGGCGGGACUGUGCACUAUGGUGGCAUUCCAGACUUCGCCAUACAGUACCCCUAUCGAGGAGGGUCUUGUCCACACGUUUGAGAAGGCCGUGUACUCGUUGCUGUGA